CUCUUCUUUUUCACAUGGCCUUUUUCGGCCAGGAGUGAAUACUUCGGCCACAAGAGAAAGGGCAUUUUCUACAAUACGAUGAUGUUUGGUCAGGCUCAAACUCAAGAUAAACUUACUCGUAUUGCUAUCAUCAAUCCUGAUCGAUGUAAGCCCAAGAGAUGCAGACAGGAAUGCAAGAAGUCCUGUCCUGUUGUGAGACAAGGAAAGCUGUGCAUUGAAGUGAUGCCAACAUCAAAACUUGCUUUCAUAUCAGAAACACUGUGCAUUGGUUGUGGUAUAUGUAUCAAGAAAUGCCCAUUUGAAGCUGUAACAAUUAUCAACUUGCCAAGCAACUUAGAAAAGGACACCACACAUAGAUAUGGAGCAAAUUCUUUCAAACUUCAUAGGCUGCCAACACCGAGACCAGGAGAAGUACUUGGUUUGGUUGGGACCAAUGGUAUUGGCAAAUCAACUGCUUUGAAGAUUCUAGCUGGGAAGCUAAAACCUAAUCUUGGUCGAUUCGGGGGUCCACCUGACUGGUCAGAAAUUUUGCAAUAUUUCAGGGGCUCAGAAUUGCAAAAUUAUUUUACAAAAGUUUUAGAAGAUGAUCUUAAGGCAAUCAUCAAACCUCAAUAUGUUGAUCAAAUUCCAAAAGCAGUACAUGGGAGUGUCCAGGUAAUGUUGGAUAAGAAGGAUGAAAGAGAGUCGCAAGAAGAAGUGUGUACACUUUUCGAUCUGAACAGCGUUCGUGAUAGGAAUGUAGAUGAGUUGUCCGGAGGGGAGCUUCAGCGUUUCGCCUGCGCAGUUGUGUGUAUUCAGCAGGCAGAUGUUUACAUGUUUGACGAACCAUCGAGUUACUUGGAUGUCAAACAAAGGCUCAAAGCUGCUGUUGCGAUCAGAAGUCUUAGUCAUUCUGACAAAUAUAUUAUUGUUGUUGAACACGAUCUGAGUGUGCUGGACUACCUAUCUGACUUCAUCUGCUGCUUAUAUGGAACUCCCGGAGUCUACGGUGUAGUCACUAUGCCCUUCUCUGUGCGUGAAGGAAUAAAUAUAUUUCUGGAUGGGUUUGUUCCAACCGAAAACCUGCGAUUCAGGGAAACUUCUCUGACAUUUAGAGUAUCUGAGACUGCCGAGGAAGAAGAAAUGAAGAGAAUGCGUCGCUACAAGUACCCAAAUAUGACAAAAGUUCUAAAGAAGUUCAAGCUUGUUGUUAACGAGGGUGAAUUUACCGAUUCUGAAAUUCUGGUUCUUCUUGGAGAAAAUGGAACUGGUAAAACCACGUUCAUCCGGAUGUUGGCUGGAAUUCUUGGACCUGAUAACGACGUCGACAUUCCUCAGCUUAACGUGAGCUACAAACCGCAAAAGAUCAGCCCGAAGUCUCAAGGGACUGUGCGAAUGCUGCUGCAUGCAAAGAUUCGAGACUCCUAUAUUCAUCCCCAGUUCAUUGCUGACGUCAUCAAACCUUUGCAAAUUGAGAGUAUCUUUGAUCAGGAGGUGCAAAACCUUUCCGGUGGUGAGUUACAAAGAGUGGCUCUUACAAUCUGUCUCGGAAAGCCGGCUGAUAUUUAUCUUAUUGACGAGCCCUCUGCCUAUUUGGACUCAGAGCAGCGUCUUCAUGCUGCCAAGGUUAUCAAAAGAUUCAUCUUGCAUGCUAAGAAGACAGCAUUUGUUGUGGAGCACGAUUUCAUAAUGGCUACCUAUUUGGCAGAUCGUGUUGUUGUCUUCGAGGGUGAACCUUCUGUUUCAACACUGGCCAACAGCCCGCAGUCUAUGUUGUCUGGAAUGAACAAGUUUCUGCAGUCUCUGGAUAUUACAUUUAGACGUGAUCCAACAAACUUCCGACCAAGAAUCAACAAACUCAACUCUGUUAAGGAUUCGGAGCAGAAGAAAAGUGGUAACUUCUUUUUCAUGGAUUCGGACUCAUAAAUUAAGGGAAGCUGAUCUAAAUAGCAGAAAUACUGUCAAAUUCGUUGAAUUUAUGUUGGUGGUAAUAUGCUAUAUCUAAAGAUGUCGAUUUA